GUUUCUGGGGACUAAAUUGUCACAAAAGUUAAAUUUGUGGGUCAAAUCACAAUUUCAAAUAGUUUCUAAAAGUCGUCCCCGCCGUCGCUACGCACCUUCAUCAAAAUCAAAUCACAAUUUCCUUGGCUCACUCGCUCUCACCGGCUGCGAAACCAACGAGAGAUUCCACAAAAUCGAAUCUUUUGUACAAUGGACAAAGGAGUUGUGGUAGAGCUGAUUAGAGGGUCGACCAGUUGGGCCAAAGUUGUGGAAGAUAUCGUGAAGCUGGAGAAGAAAACGUUCCCUAAACACGAAUCUCUCGCUCAAACUUUCGAUGCAGAGCUGCGUAAGAAAAACGCCGGUUUGCUAUACGUGGAUGCUGAAGGAGACACAGUAGGCUAUGCCAUGUAUUCUUGGCCAUCUUCGCUUUCCGCUUCAAUCACCAAGCUCGCAGUGAAGGAGAAUUGCAGAAGACAAGGUCAUGGAGAAGCAUUGUUGAGAGCGGCUAUCGACAAGUGCAGAAGCAGAAAGGUGCAACGGGUUUCACUUCAUGUCGACCCCACGAGAACUUCUGCGGUGAAUCUGUACAAAAAGCUUGGGUUCCAAGUAGACUGUCUAGUGAAAAGCUACUACUCGGCUGAUAGAGAUGCUUACAGAAUGUACCUAGAUUUUGAUGACUCUAUUUAGCCCAAAAGGAUUGAAUCAUUGGAUUUGGGGUUAUAUAUGUAUUCCCAUAUCUUGGCUUGGGCUUGAUAUGCCUUGUACACAUUCAUUGAUUACUUCUCUACAUCAACAUAUUACAUAUGUCUAGCGAGUUUUUGAUAUUUUACGAUGCAAGAUGAAAUCAUCUUGGGACCAUCAACUUAUCAACUUCUUCACAAUAUAGAAUGAGAUUUUUAAUCGUUUUCAUGUU